AGACCGACGUCGUGACGCAAUCAACGAGCGACGGCGGCUUGAAUUAUUGUUUCUUCAAAUUGUGGCCAGACAGAUCUCAGUUUAAUAUUUUAUAGGCAAGGUGGUGUUCAGCGACCUUUAUUUCGACUUUUUGCAGCAUUUACAGCCUUUCCAAACUUAAAUACCUUCGAAUACUGACUCACAGCGCCUUCAUGUUGAGACGUCUUCUACUUCCCUUUGAAAAUGGAGGAAAUCGCUGCUUUGUGUUUUUGCUGCAGCUAGCUCGGUCGGCUAGCUCCAAGGAAAUGGAAAACUUAUGAAGAACUUUGUGAAAUUUCCUAUUAGACUUAAUUAGUUCGCUUGAUGAUUAGGAGACUAUGGUGCUGUUGUAUGACUGAAAGCUCCGUCAUCUUCCUCUGUUCCCCAGAACAACCACUUUUCUGAAAGUCUGCAAGAGAAUAAAUACUUGGAGGGAAGUGUGAGGAAAUUAUCAAGGAAGAAUAAAUAAUCCACAAUAGUAACCAACCAUAUAACUGACUGGGAGACGAGGACAGAAGUGUGGAGCGGAGGCACUGGGGAUGGGGUUGGAGAGCCAAAGGCGAUCGUCAUGGUUCACAGCAAUUCUUCUUCUCCAAUGAAAACAACGCCGUCUGCCUCAUCUCACCAAACAGGCCGAACUUCAACCCCUGAUUCUUCUCGGGCUCCAUCUGAUGGAAAUCCUCCUGUCCCGACCACAGCAACAGCAUUACAGUCUAAGUCAAGACUAGCGUCUGUCAGGGGGUCUGCACAGACACCGACCCCUGCUCAAGGCCUUGUCAAUGGCCGUACAUCAGGCAGGAAAAGGACUCCUAAGGCCUGUGAUUGCUGUGGCCCCCACAGUGCAGGACACAAUGUCAAAAGCUCAGAUAGAGGGAGGGGGGCGCAGAGAGGAAGGGGAAGGGGGAGAGGGAGAGGAGCUGUCAAGGACCUUGAGGAUACUCCUAAAAGGAAAGUGGAGCAGUUGAAGGUAAUCAAGAACUUCGAUUUAGCCAAGGCGAAGGUAAAGACAACAGAGAAUAAAGAUAACCCACAGGAGGCUCUGCAAACAUCUGUACAAGUGGCUGAUACACAGUCACAAACCCUCCCUCCUAAGCCUGUCUCAGCCACCUCACAAGAUGGACCAAUUACAAACUGUGCUUCUGCAAGUAUGGGGGCUGCACAGGGUGUGUUGAUGACACAGUCAGGGGUUGUUGGUGCGGCAGAGAAAGGAGGUGGUGAGAAAAGGGACGGUGUCACAAAAGUGCCAGUACAGGAUAGAACGAGCUCUUUAGCAGGCAGAGGUCGAGGUAGAGGGCAAGGGAACCUCAUGGCUGCAUCAAAAGUGGAAGUUAACAUUCAAGUAAGAAGCAGGGGAAGAGGUCGUCUCGGUUCAGGAACAGGUGCCUUAGCUCACUCAGCGUUAGUGAUGGAACCAGAGGGAAAACAAGACUCACGGGUGGACCAAAAUGACACCGGCUUAGCUAAAUGUCUGCUUGGAAACGGAGACAUGGUAAGCCUGUCUGACUCGGAUGAAGAAAUGAAAGACGACACCAUAAUUGUGAGUGAACCUGCAGAUGAGCUUCUGUUAAUCUCAAUGCAGUCAACUCCUGCUUCAAGAUUAGAAUCGUCCCAAAGCCUUGACUCUGAGAUGCAGGUGGACCACAUCUCUGACCAAAACCAAAUUUCUGCAUCUCCAACGCUGCCCAACGGGAACACAACCACACCAACAGACCGAGAACACACAUCCUCACCUGCUAACAUGAAAACCUCUAGCUCAGCUUUGGUUCCCCCUCCAGACCCCAUAACAAUGAGCAGCACAGAGUGCCUCGGGGCAUUAAGAGACCACAGACUGUACUGUCACCCUGGAACGUGGGCAAAAGACGAGACGACAGAAGUGGUGGUCACGAAUCCAGCUGAAGAAAACGCGAUUAGUGCAGAUACUCGGAGUAAGAAAGGCCUGGAGCAGCUCACCGACAUGGUUCAUGAGUUUUUGGAGAGCUUCUAUAUAAAAUAUGGCAGCUUCAUUCCUCUUAGUGAAUCUGAUGUCCUGGAGCAUCUGAAAAAGAAAGGCAUCUCUGACUUCAAAAACAGGUUCACACACGCAUGCGUGCGCGCACACACUCACACACACACUCAGGCAGGAAAAGGCAUCAUAAAUCUGACUAAAAUAAGAAUGAAUUGCACCAUUACUGAGACGUAAUUAGUAGCAGAUGUGGACCAAUAUGAUUUUUUAUUGCAGAUGCCAUUAUUAAGAGGUUGUGUUCCGCCAAUGGCCGACAAGUGAACGUCACGGCCAAUAUCUAGAUGUUUUCCAACUUAUUUGCUUGUUAGACUGUCACUAAUAACAUCAGUUGGUGCAGAAUGUUUCUGAAGCUGAUCGGUUUUUGAACACUUCAUUUACCAGCUGUUAAAUCGUAAUUUUGUGCACUGCUCAGUGUUAAAAUCAGACCGCUUAAUAAAGUUUAUUCACACAGCAGGAUUUGGAAUCUCAUUUCCUGAUAUUCGGACAUUUCUCCUCUGAUUGGAUAACAGCAACACGACUCUACCACUGACUCUCCUCUGCAAUGUUGAUGUUUUAUCUCCACAAGUAACACAAACCUGAAGGAGUUCUGCUUUGUGGUGGAGUUGCUAAUGCUAAUAGUUAGCUUCUACUAGCCGAGACGUUCUCUGCUGUUUCCUGGACGUUAAACCAACAACAGCCUUCCCCGUCGUGAGUCAAGAUGGGUGAGUCCAUGAAUGUUAAGUGACAGUGUGACGUAGAUCUGUCAGGAUUUUCUAAUCUUAGUUUCGCUAUCUAUUUUCUAUCAGAAGCUAAUGCAGGAGAUAGGUGGGGAGACUAUUUUUAUGUUCGGCCUGCGUGAAACAUUCAGUGACCGAUUAUAAUCAGAAAUAAAAUAUACAUUUUUUUUCUUCAAACGUUCCACAUGACUCAGCCUCUUACAUACCAGCUCAGUGAUUCCUACUGAAGUCUUCCAUAUUUUCAUGCAAUUUUGUUUGUUUAUUUAGUCACAACAGCCCAAUAAAGUCCAGAAACACUCCUGUCUUAUUUCACCUCACCCUAACCU